AAGUAGACAACUACAACAACCAUGGCCAAGAAAUCGUUAGCAGAGCAAAUAGCAGGGCUUUUCAAACCAAAGACCGAUUUCGAUAUCGAGGAUCAUGAACAGAAGGAGGUUUUCGAACAGCAAGAAGAAAAUAGUGACGUAGAUGAGGAAGAUGAGGAAGAAGCUAAUGAUCACUAUAUUCGUAAUGAGAAAUCUAAAUUGAGAAACGACGCUCCAGGAUUAGGAGAAAAGUAUGUUGGUAAUGUUGUUAGUAGAGAUCAACUUGAAGAAGAAGAAGAGGAGGAGGAGGAUGACGACAUUGAAGAAGAACAAUCUGAAGAUGAGGACGACGACAUUGAAGAAGAACAAUCUGAAGAUGAGGACGACAACCAGGAAGACGAACAAGAUGAAGAAGAAGUAAAUGAAGAAGAGUAUUCAUUGGAUGGAAGUUCUGAAGACUCAGAAGAGGAAGACUCAGAAGGCUCAGACGAAGAAGCCAGUUCAAACAAGCGUCAAUUACUUAAAAAGUUAAUGUCCCAAGAACGUACUCACUUACUCUCCCGUCUCUCUCAAUCAGCAACAACCGACGCCAUCAAGGGCUAUGCCAUCAAUACUCAACACUCCACCUUUGACAAAAUCAUCGACGCCAGAUUAAAAUUCCAAAAGUCAAUCACCACGGCAAACUUAUUCCCUACUUCCGACAUUAGUUCAUACACUACUGAACACACUCCUAAACUCAUCCAUCAAACCAAAGAGGAGCUUUAUACUUUACUCGAUUCGAUAAUUGCCCUUCGAAGUGAAUUAGAAGGCAAGGAGUAUACAGCACCUAAAAAGAGAACAUAUUCAGCAUACUGCCAAACUGCUUCUGAAGCAGACAAGUCAUUGGCCAGUACCAGAGCAUCCGUCUUGACUAAAUGGUCAGCCAAGGUGCAAAAUUCAUCAGGAGCAUCAGCAAUAAACGCCACUAAAUUCAAAACUAUAAAUCAAUCAUUUGAAACCCAGGUGGAGAAUAACUUGUCGGACAUGGGCAGAUUGGUUAAACGUACAAAACUCAAUCGAAGACAAGUGAGACCAAUGGGGCACACUGAAGAAGAAGAAGUGAAACAGGAAGUCGAAACUAUGUUUGAUGAUGAAGAUUUCUACCGUGUUCUUCUCAACGAUUUAGUCGACAAGAAGGUUCAAUCAAAUGGAUCAAUCGCUAUAGGUUUAAGAUCAGCGCAACGUGCCAACAAGUUGAAGAACAACGUCGAUACAAAAGCUUCCAAGGGAAGAAAGUUGAGAUAUCAUGUUCAAGAACAAAUUGCCAAUUUUGAAACUUCUGUUGGUGGAUGGAGAUGGAAUGAUGACCAAAUUGACGAAUUCUUUGCUAGUUUGUUGGGACAAAAGGUCAAUAUGAAUGAACAAGAUGAAAGCGAAGAAGAACACGAAGAGGAGGAAGAAGAAGAAGAAGUCAUUCCUCAAGAUAGUGGAAUUACUUUAUUUGGUUAAACUUAGAUAGAAAUAGCAUAGAGACAUAUAGUUAUAAUCAAAUGUAGACAUACAG